ACUACUGUCGAAAAAUAAACGUACUACAAUUUUUUGUUUAUAAAUAAAAAAAUUAUACUAAAUCAAAAUGGUCGUUUCCAUGGAAAGAUGGGUCGGUAAGGUUGCCAUAGUAACCGGGGCUAGUGCUGGAAUAGGCGCCGGAAUAGCUAAAAAACUUGUAGAAGAAGGACUUACGGUCGUUGGACUGGCCAGGCGCGCUGAACGCAUAGAAGAGCUCGCCAAAUCGUUGGUAUCAGCGAAAGGCAAGCUUCUGGCGCUAAAAUGCGACAUGACCGUCGAAGACCAAAUAUUAGCCGCGUUUAAAUGGACCAAAGAAAACGUUGGACCCGUUUCUAUUUUGAUUAACAACGCUGGAUUAAUACAACCCACGAAUUUGCUCGACGGCAACACCGCAAUGUGGAAGAGAAUUUUAGACACGAACAUUUUGGGUCUUUCCAUCGCCACAAGAGAGGCUAUAAGACAGAUGAGGGAGUUCAAAAUCGACGGUCAUGUGGUGCACAUCAACAGCAUUUCCGGUCACAAAAACGUUUAUUUUCCGGAAGUGAACAUGUACACGGCUUCGAAACACGCUGUUACCGCGUUGACGGAAACUUUAAGGAAGGAACUAAACGAUCAUGGACUGAAAAUCAAAAUAACUAGUGUUAGCCCUGGGACAGUAACGUCAGAAAUUUCCAGAUUGGCUAGAAGAAAGGAACGCAUAGAUGAGCUAGCGAAAAAUCUUCAAGGUCAAAAAGGCAAACUCUACUCCAUAAGAUGCGACGUCACCAAGGAAGAUGAGAUUUUGGAAGCGUUUAAGUGGACCACGGAAAAUGUUGGACCGGUGAGCAUUUUGAUAAACAACGCUGGGAUUUUUCAAAACGGCAAUCUUAUAGAUGGUAGCACUGAGAACUGGAGGAAAAUUUUCGAAGUCAACGUAGUUGGAAUGGACAAACGUUACGAGUAUGUUAAGGAACUGGCGAAAAAAUUACUGAAGGAAGGGGCAAGGGGAAAAUUAUUCGUAUACAAAGCGGAUAGCAUCAGUCCAGGAGCUGUGGAAACGGAAAUAAUCCAAACGAAAUCUGGCGCUUUGGAUACAAAAAUCGUUGAAGCUUUAAAAGCAAUGCCCCUUUUGAAAACGGAAGAUGUCGCUGAAGCAGUGAUGUAUGUUCUGUCGACUCCUCCUCAUGUGCAGUGUUUAAAUUGUAAAUCUACAAGAAUGAAAAUAAUAUGUAUUAUCGUCCUUAUAUUUGUUCAAACCUCUUUACAAGACCUGCUAUCAAAUUUUCCGUUAUGCUCUUCAAACGGUAUAUGCACAUGUGAGAACAACAAUGGUAUAAGUGCAAACUGCACUAAUCUACCACAGGAAACUUUGGGCAAAGAAUCUACCUGGUUGGAUCAGGAUAACAAAAAUUUUGCCUACAAAAAAGUUACAGUGAAUAAUGGAAUAUAUGUUAAUUUAUCCCAGCAAUUUCCCUCAUCGAAUUUGGAGUAUUUAAACUUGGAAAAUAAUCAGAUAGCCAUAUUGGGAAAUAGUGUUUUCCAAAACCUACAAAAUAUGACAACAUUGAUUUUAAGUCAUAACAGAAUAAAUAUUAUUGAUCCUGAAGCGUUUAAGGGUGUAUACAAGGAAGGCGAAUAUAUGCCCCUAAGGUCCCUGAAAACCCUUAAACUGGACCACAACAACAUAAACCAAAUAAACCAAGAUGUCUUCGAGCACACUGAAGAUUUGGAGAUUUUGGAUCUUAGUUUUAAUCCAAUCAAAACCUUUUCUCACAAUACGAUCCUUCACACCUUAAACAAACUGACUACUCUGGAUUUGUCUGGAAAUCCUAUAUCGAUUCUACCAGCAACUUUCAAGUAUGGUUUGGUUUUGGAAAGACUGUAUCUAAAUCGAACUCUACUUGGAAGUUUAAACGAAACAACAGGUUUUCCCAUUAUGCCAAAGAUGAAGCUUUACAUUCAAAAUAAUAAACUAUCUUCAAUUGAGGCUGAAGUGAUCAGCUCCUGGGACCGUUUAAGCGAUUUGGACAUUAGGGGAAACCCAUGGAGUUGCGAAUGCAACAACCAGUGGAUGAUCAGUACUUUGAUGCCCAUUUACGCCAAUAUUGUCAACAACAAGACAGUGGUAGAAGAGGUUAUAUGUGGUUCUCCCGUUGAAAUGGAUCAAAAACAUUUGUACGACUUGUAUUUGAGAAACUAUCAAACAAGAUGUGACACCACUGGUAUGAGACCAGAAAGCGAUGCUGUAAUGCUUAUAGGUGUAUUAGCAGGUAUUUCGAAUUGUUGUUAG